AAUGAUGUAACGUUCAUUUCCUGAUCGGCAAGGGUCACACACACACACACAUGAGUAAAGAGUUUGGUUCAAGUCCAGUUCACUAAGCGGAAUCUUCUCUAUACAGCCACUUUGGGGUGUUUUUAAAACAUGCUACGGACGCUGUGUCGGACCGGCGGGGCCCUGCUGCAGCAAACCCAGCGGACCGUGCCGAGGUUGUGGGUCACACCAGCUCAGCAGCGAUGGGCGUCCAACCUGCCCAUGAACACGUUGGUCCUGUUUGUGCCCCAACAGGAAGCCUGGGUGGUGGAGAGAAUGGGUCGCUUCCACCGGAUCUUAGAGCCGGGUUUAAACUUCCUCAUACCCAUACUUGACCGUAUUCGCUAUGUGCAAAGUCUCAAGGAGAUUGUCAUUGAUGUCCCAGAGCAGUCUGCAGUAUCUCUAGAUAAUGUAACACUACAGAUUGAUGGAGUACUUUACUUAAGGAUCCUAGACCCUUUUAAGGCCAGUUACGGUGUUGAGGAUCCAGAGUAUGCCGUCACACAGUUGGCACAGACCACUAUGCGCUCAGAACUGGGCAAACUCACACUGGACAAAGUGUUCAGGGAAAGGGAGUCUCUCAAUUCCAACAUUGUUCACUCCAUCAACCAAGCUUCAGAUGAGUGGGGAAUCCGUUGCCUCCGUUAUGAAAUCAAAGAUAUACAUGUUCCACCUCGUGUCAAAGAGUCCAUGCAGAUGCAGGUGGAGGCUGAACGCAAGAAGAGAGCCACAGUGCUGGAGUCUGAAGGGACCAGGGAAGCGGCCAUUAAUGUGGCAGAGGGUCGUAAACAAGCUCAGAUUCUGGCCUCGGAGGGUGAAAAAGCAGAGCAGAUCAAUAAAGCGGCUGGUGAGGCCCAGGCCGUCUUGGCCAAAGCAGAGGCAAAAUCUAAGGCUAUCCGCAUGCUGUCGGAGGCUCUUACUGAGCAGAAUGGAAAUGCAGCAGCCUCGCUAAGUGUGGCCGAGCAGUACGUGUCUGCUUUCUCCAACCUCGCCAAAGAGUCCAACACCAUCCUCCUGCCCUCUAACUCCGGCGACAUCAGCGGGAUGGUCACACAGGCUAUGACCAUUUACGGUACGUUGGCGAAGACGAGCCAAAAGGGGGCACCGGAAGCGCUGGACGAGAUGAGCGAAGGGCCUGCGAACCAGUCGGCGGCGUCUCAAUAGCGGAGGGCUCGGUGAAAGAACUCAAAGCAGUAACAUGACACAGAACCAAGAGGAAGCAGUUUAUGUUUCAGUUGUCGGAGCUCCAAGGCGUCACUUUGUGAGCAGAGUUCACCGACCUUCUACUGACAGGACAGAAGGAAAAACUUUCUAUACUUCUGGGUUGUUUUGCCUUGGAGUCCUUGAAAAAAAAUAUAUAUAUUUUUAGUCUGACUGUUGUUUAUGCUCAGUAAUUGUCAGAUUGGGGAAAUUAACACCAGUUUUCAGCCAAAUAUACUACCAGUGACUUGGAGAAAUUUGAUGCCGCUGUGGCCAGUGGUUGCAAAAAUAAACCCUGGGUGCCGUCAGCACAUGAUUUAUUAUCAUAAUUCAUUACUUCUGAAAUGUCUUUUAUGCAUCAGAUCUGUUGAGGUAUGUAUUAUUGCAUAAACCCAAAUAUAAUUGGGUGUUAGGGUUGGAAUUUGACAGCUUUACUUCAAAGUAAAACAUACGAAUGUGUUUUCUCUUUGUUUUCCACGCCGUCCCAAAUGACCGAUUCUGGUUCUGUGGGUUCAUUAGUGUUAGGGUGGCAAUCACAGAACCAUCUGCUAUGAUUUGGCUGACAGACAUCAGUGACAAUCCUUCAACUGUCUUCAGCAUCAUCAGGACCAGGGACUUGGGAGUUGCUUCAUGUGACGUCUGGCUGGACUCCUCAGAAUGUUGGAAAGUUUCCCAAAGUGUAGUUAAUUCACAAUUUGGCCCAUGUUGGAUUAAAACAUUAUCUCCCUGAAAAACUUGAUCCAGUAUUCGUUUUAGAAGUGAGGAGGUGUACCGUUUUAAAAUGACUCAGAAACUAUUGCCUCUAAAUAACUAGUUAGUAUGCAACGUCAGCCCUAGGAACACAUGUUUGUGUCCUCUUCGUGUUUGUGUUCACCUCUUAUGUCUUAUGGGAUAUAUUUAUUACAUUUAAGUGUUCUCUGCAAAGACAGAAAGUUUGUCAUUUCAUAGCCUUCACUGAUGCUUACAGGUUAAUGAAAAAUAAUGCAAAUAUAAAACGCCUGUCUUUAAGACAAAGUAAAGAGACCUGACAUGGAAUGGGAAGUUGUGAAGCACUUGUUUAAAAAUAUGAUUAUGUUAGAAAAAGAUGAAGACACCUGGACUACUUCAAAUGUAAUAUUUGGAUGAUUUGGAUGUUAAUUGUCCUCCAUGUUUUGGGUCAGCAAUGUUAAAUUACCAUUAAAAAAAAAAUCUGAUGGUUAA